UGUCCAGCGGCUCCUCUUCAAACCCCGCUGGGUUCAGCACGUGCUGCCGGCCGGGGUGCUCGGCAGCUCUGUCCCCUGGGCAGGAGGUGGGUCGCUUUCCGCCUGGCAGCCUUGCAGUGACUCCACUGUGAAGCAGUCCCUGAUGUCUGAAGAGCAAGGAGAUGAAGUCCACUUCCUUAGGAACUCUCGCUGAGCAGGUCUUGGGAUGUGCUGGCAAGCGCAGAACCCCGCUCUGGACGCCUUCUGUGCUUUGUCCCUCUGAUAGGGGCGACGCCAAUCGUCACCGAGGCGGUCCGGGUCCCACUGGGACAUAGCUCUGGAGCAGGCAUGCCGACACCCUGCGGCUCUGCACAGCCACUCCCGUGGGCAGCAUCAAAGGGCCCCGCGGCACCACGAUCCCGUUUGUCCUGAUUCCUGGGGAGGGAGGUGCAGAGGCCUGAAUGGCUGCUGUCGGGAUCAGCCAGGUGGUUUUCCAGCCUGGUGUGUCUGUCAAGUGCGCUCCUUGGCCGAGGGCUGAGGAUGAAUCCCAGGUGCACGUGCCGUUUGCGAGGCAGGACGCGCGUCAUGACAGUCACCGGGUUAAUGGCUGGCAUCCCGCUCCACCUGCCAGUGUGCCGCCGGCACCCACGGCCGUGCCCAGCUCAUUGGGCUCUGCUCCACAGCCACAGGCAAACCCAGAGCUCUGGGUGGGCAGCCAGGUGCCGGGGUGCCCGCUCUCCCGGUGGCAUGGAGACAUGGUCCCGGCGCAGCGCUGCCUUCGACUGUGUGCCCCAGCCGGCAGCCUGCUGCCCUGACUGGAUGGCGGAGCUCCCUGACGCCCUGCCCCUCUCCCGCCUCUCAAUCCCUGGCACGCACGACUCCCUCAGCCUGUUCGGUGGCCGGCGCCUGCGGUGCCAGAGCUGGGGCCUGGAGGCCCAGCUGGCGGCCGGCAUCCGCUUCCUGGAUGUGCGCUGCAAGCUGUCGCGGGGUGAGCUCCGCAUCUACCACCUCUGCACCUUCCAGCGGGCCAGCCUGCGCGGCGUCCUGCGCCGCACCCUGCACUUCCUCCGCGCCCACCCCGGCGAGGCCGUGCUUAUGCGCAUCAAGGAGGAGCUGCCCAUCUUCUCCCGGCCCGGCUUCGCUGCACAGCUGCACCGCUGCCUGCUGGAAGAGGGACAGGGCUGCGUGUGGUGCCGGGAGGAGGUGCCAACGCUGGGCCAGGUGCGCGGGAAGAUAGUAGUGCUGGAGGCGCUGGCGCGGGAGGUGCUGGGCAUCCCCUACGAGCAGCUGAGCAUCAGCGACGCCUGGAACGUGCUGUCACUGGAGCGCAAGUGGGCCCGGGUGCGGCAGCACCUGGAGAAGGCGGCCGGCGGAGACCCCAGCACGAUGUACCUCACCUUCUGCUCCGGCAAUGGGCUCUUCACCUGCCCAGAGGAGGUGGCCCGCUUUGUGAAUCCCCGCUGCUGCCAGCACCUGCGGCGCCGGGGCGGGCAGCCCGUGCGCUGGGGGGUGGUCAUCAUGGACUUCCCUGGCGCAGGCCUUCUCCGGCUCAUCGUGGAGAGCAACUGCCCGCGGGCCAAUGGACACUGCACAGCGGCCCCCGGCACCCCCCCGGUACGGUCCCGCCGCCGCCACGGCAGACGGCGGACGGCGCAGCCCGCACAGCCUCGCGCGCUGCCCGCUCCGCUGUCCCUCGGGGAAGACACUGACACUGCUCCCGGCCCCGCGCCUCUGCCCAAGGGCCUCAGGGCCUGGAGGGCAAAAGCGGCUUUCUAGGUCUUGCAGAGCACCGGGAAGCCUUCGUGUGACGAUGGUGUGACAGUCGCAGAGACAGCAGAGGAGGCCGGCUGCGGCCGGAGCCGGGCAGCCCGGGGAGCUGCACCCUGCCCUGAGAAG